AUGGUUUACUCAUGCCUUCCCGCAUUCCAGGUAAAUCGCAGCAAGCCGCGACUUAUAACACCCGCAAAACCAACACCAUACGAAACAAAGCUGCUGUCGGACAUCGACAACCAGCAAGGCCUCUGGUUCCAUGUUCCGUUCAUCAUGUCUUACAAGAACAAUCCUUCAAGAUUGUCGAAACAAAAUGACCCUGCGGAGGUGAUUAGUGAGGCGUUGAGUAGAGCACUGGUGUUUUACUACCCUUUGGCUGGUAGGCUCAGGGAAGUGCAUAAUAAAAGGCUUGUGGUGGACUGCACCGGAGAAGGCAUCUUGUUCGUCGAGGCUGAUGCUAACGUCACGCUAGACGCACUCGGUGACGCAAUUCUACCGCCCUGUCCAUUCUUGGAGGAGUUCCUUUUUAACAUCCCAGGAUCUGAUGGUAUUCUUGGUUGUCCUUUGUUGUUAAUACAGGUGACUCGUCUAUCAUGUGGAGGUUUCAUAUUUGCACUUCGCUUAAUCCACACAAUGUGUGACUCACCUGGCUUGGUACAAUUCCUGAAAGCAGUAGGCGAGAUUGCUCUAGGCAAAGAUGCACCAUCUAUUCCACCAGUGUGGGAACGAGAGCUCUUGAACGCCCGAGAUCCUCCACAAAUUUCAUGUACACAUCAUGAAUUUGAUGAUACCAUUGACCUGUAUGUGAACUCUGCUGUAACAGUCCAACGAUCAAUCUGUUUUGGUCCAGAUGAGAUUAAGGCCCUGAGGAAGCAUCUUCCAUCACACGUUGCUACUUGUUCAUCCACAUUUGAAUUAAUCACAGCUUGCGUAUGGAAAUGUCGAACAAUCUCACUCGAAAUGGAGCCGAACCAGAUUGUUCGCCUGUCCUGUACAGUUAGUGCACUUGGUAAACGCAACAAUGUGUAUCUCCCUCGAGGAUACUACGGCAACACAUUUGCAUAUCCAGCUGUUGCUUCAACCGCCAAACGCUUAUGUAACAGUCCAUUCGGAUAUGCAGUGGAGUUGGUGAAGAAGUCGAAAGCUAAAAUGAGUGAAGAGUACUUCAGAUCUAUGGCGGAUUUUGCAGAGAUACGAGGAAGACCUCCACUCGCAAUGAAAGGCAUGAGUGACUUUAUAGUUUCGGAUAACACUAGAACAGGUUUGGGAGAAGUUGAUUUCGGUUGGGGAAAGCCAGUAUAUGCUGGAGUUGCCAAGUCCAUCGAUCUUAUAAGCUUCUACGUCAAGAAAACAAACAAAGAAGAGAAAUAUGAGAUAUUGGUACCAGUGUGCUUGCCAUUCUCGUCCAUGGAGAGAUUUCAGCAAGAAGUGGCGAAGAUGAUUAGUUUGGACAAAGUGGAGAUAAAAAGUACUGUGUCAUUCAACAUGAGCUUAAUUAGACCAAAGCUAAAAGGAAGAGAGAGGCACUGA